AUGGAUAGGGAUUUCAGAGGAAAGGUUAUUCCACAAUGUGACGGACUUACAGUAAGGAGUACUCUGGCAUAUGCUGCACUCAUAUGGUGGCCAAGAACAGAACUCAUAACCACCCAGCUAGAACUACAAAAACUUCAACGACAAGCAUGCCUAGCCAUCACUGGCGGCACGAGCACGACACCAACAACGGCGCUUGAAACCAUACUGGAUAUCCCGCCGCUCCACUUAUAUAUCAAAAAGGAGGCUACACUUGCAGCCCUGAGACUCAAAGCCUCAGGACUCUGGAAGAACACCAGCACAGCACACACCAAAAUCCUGGAAGAGGCGUACAAAAGACAACCACAACUAGAGUGGAAAUGCGACAAAAUUAGCAAACGCUACAUAUUAGACAGGCAAUACAAAAUAAACAUAGGAAAAGAACAAAGUAGUAAAACAGAACAAAACACCAUCGAAGUAUACACGGACGGUUCCAAAAGCAAAACAGGCACAGGAUCCGGUAUAGUAUGCCCGGAGCUAAACAUGAGGAUCAGCUACCCACUUGGUAAGAACAAUUCUGUCUUCCAAGCAGAGUGCGUCGGCAUCACCACUGCAGCCAUAGCGAUGACAAACAGAAAGGUAAUGAACAAUAAAAUAAUCAUAAACUCUGACAGCCAAACGGUUCUCCGUUCCCUGGCCAGCAGCAGCACAACCUCUAAUCUCAUAUACGACUGCCACAACGCCCUGGAAACACUCGCUGCCUCUAAUGACAUCACCCUAAGGUGGGUCAAAGGGCAUGACGGGAACCCAGGCAACGAAGCGGCGGACUCACUAGCUCGCCAAGCCACAACACUGAAGGUAGUAGGACCAGAACCGAUCGUACCGAUUCCGUUCAGAGCGCUGGUGGUGCCUUGUGCCACCGGGCAUUCGGCCAAUCAGCGAUCGCCGGAACGGAACCAUAGUAAGCAGGAGUGA